UUUUCAUUGCCAUGCAAGCUGCAAACUGCAAGCAGUGUCUGCUGUGGGUCAUAGCGGCUGUAAUCGGCAUUGUGAGACCCGAGCCCACGGUGCGGCCGCUUGUCAUCAACACAUGGCCAUUCACAAGGGCGGCAGAAGCAGCAUGGAAGGUGUUGGAACUUGGUGGAUCUGCUCUGGAUGCUGUAGAGAAAGGAUGCACGCAAUGUGAAAUCGAUCAGUGUGAUGGCAGUGUAGGUUAUGGUGGAAGCCCUGACGAAAAGGGUGAAACCACAUUAGAUGCCAUGAUUAUGAAUGGUGACACAAUGGAAGCUGGAGCAGUUGCUAAUCUUAGACGGAUAAAAAAUGCUAUAGGUGUGGCGAGAGCUGUGAUGGAAUACACUAAACAUACAUUUUUAGUUGGAGAGUCAGCAUCCUUGUUUGCGCAAAGCAUGGGUUUUCCAAGUGAAGAUUUAACAACCAGUAAAUCUAUUUCUAUUUAUUCUAAGUGGCUUGACCAGUAUUGCCAACCAAACUUUCGAAAGAAUGUAAUUCCAGACCCUUUGCAAUCUUGUGGACCAUAUAAGCCAGUGAGAGGAUUACAAGUUGGAAAACAGGCUGUUAUUCAGAAGGAUGUCGACGUGCAUCACCAUGAUACAAUCGGGAUGAUUGCAAUUGAUAAAGCUGGAAAUCUUGCUGCAGGAACAUCUACAAAUGGCGCAACUCACAAAAUACCUGGACGUGUAGGAGAUUCGCCAAUUAUUGGAGCUGGAGCAUAUGCUGAUAGUGCAGCAGGAGCAGCUGCAGCCACUGGCGACGGGGAUACUAUGAUGCGCUUUUUGCCAAGCUACCAAGCUGUGGAAUACAUGAGAACAGGAAUAGAUCCCAGUGCAGCAUGCCAAAAAGCUAUUAUUAGAAUACAGAAGUAUGCCAAAGAUUUUUUUGGAGCUAUCAUCUGCACCAACAUAACCGGAAGCUAUGGUGCUGCCUGCAGUAAAGCCCCUGGUUUUACUCAGUUUCAUUUUACGGUUUUCAAACCUGGAAUCGCUCAUCCUCAAGAAGAAGUGGUGGACUGCUUAUAGUAAUGGGUCUUAAAGCGGAUUCAGAGUAGAUUGUCGUUAUUUGUUGAACUCCUCUCUCUAACCCAACUUUAGUGAUUAUGGCUUUCUAUGGAUAUAAUUAAGAUCUUCUAAUUAAAUGCUAAUGUACAGGAGUGACAAACUCCACUUUUUAGGGACCACAAUCACAUUAUUUUGUAUGGUGUUAAAAUAAAGUAAAAUGUAUCUAUUUGA